GCUUCAUACGGAUUUAGACACUGCUUUACACGGAGGUAGGCUGCGUGCCUAUGUUUAUAAAACGUUAACAGUAAUUCACGAUAGAAUUCUUGUGCUCUGUGCCAUUCCUUCGAUAUUUAGUCCUUCAUACCUAGGCCACAAAUUCUUCUCUGCAUCUGUUACGCCAUUCGCUCUACUAGUCUCAUUUUCACUCGCAAUAAUCCUGGCGCAGCGCCCGCACCCUUUAACACCUACCCCCACUCCCGCCCACCCCCUCUCACACUAUAAAUUACAUGCAUUAAAGUCUCGAUGAUUAGUUGCAUUUGAGUAGUGCCUGAAUUUGGAUACACUUUGAAUAUAGCAAUAUCAAGCAGCUCCAUUAUUUUCCUGAAGAGAUGACAGCAGGGAUCGGGUCGGCAGUGCUGGGGGCGCUCAAAGCCGUUUCCGUGGAGCCCGUGAUGCUGGUGGACGGGGCGUGCAAUCAGGCCAUGCUUCUCUUCAUCGAGAACGUUCAGAUGAACAAAAUUUGUUCUCACAACCUUGGAUUUCCUGAUCAGGUGUGCAAUAACUUAUCGGCACACGGAGAGAGAAAUGUUCUGGUCCAGAGAGAGUUCAGCGUCUUCACCUUUUAUAAUAGCAUCAUCAUGUCCGUCAUUCCACUUAUCUUCGUGCUGUUCAUGGGAGCUUGGAGUGACAAAUAUGGCAGGAAGAUCCCCUUGUUAAUAACACUUACUGCUCAUGUAAUGUAUGCUGGAGGAUAUCUUUUGAGCAACUGGCAGACAUCUUGGCCCGUCGAGGUCAUCUACUUCGUCACCGUCUUGGAGGCUUUGGGCGGCGGCAACGUGGGCCUCUUGUGUAUCACCAUCAGCUACAUCAGUGAUAUUUGCCCCGAGAAAACUCGCACCUCUCGUGUCAGCACAGCCAACUCUCUGUGGUACCUCGGGGGUCCUGUGGGCACCCUGGCUGGGGCGCUCGUCAUCGAGUACAGCGGCUAUAACUUGGCUCUCCUGCUGGUUUUGCUGGCCUACCUCUCGGCCGUCCUGUAUGUGGUGUUUGUCAUUAAAGAAUCGCACGGACCAUUCGCCAGGACGGAUUUGCAGGCCCACAAAUCAACCAAGCAAGAAUCAAAUCCCGACAGCAAGGAUGUGUCCAAGCUGCGUAUGGCGUUCGAUUUCUUCAACUGGCGGCGUGUGGUCGAGUCCUUCAAGACGGCGCUUAGACGGCGUGAGGGCAACACUCGAAUAGUUCUUCUGGCCAUUGUCUUCAGCAACAUGAUUCGGCGGGCUGCUAGAGGUUUCUUCAUGUACAUGUUUGUGCGUCGGGCGCUUAGUUGGGAGGCCACCAACUAUGGCUACUGGGCCACAUAUCGGAAUCUGCUGGCAGCCACUGGUUCGUUGCUGCUGGUUCCGGUCCUAACAAAGUCACUGGCAACCACGGACGUUUUAUUGAUAAUACUGGGAUCUGCUUCCCUUAUCGGAGAAUAUAUCUGUUACGGCCUGGUUAACGGCGUGCCUCAGACGUUCCUCAUGUGGCUUGGGCCUCCUGCCGGAAUAAUUUCGAACGCCAGCGUCAUCGCCUUCAGAUCCAUGUCCACUAAGCUUGUCAGCAAAGAAGAAAAGGGUCGCAUCAGUGCUGUCAUGGCCGCCAUGAACGGUUUGAUGCCUAUGGUCGCCUACGCCGCCUAUACCCCCAUUUACUACGUGACUGUCGAGACCUUCCCCGCAGCACAGUUCUUCUUCGGCGCCUCACUCAACUUCUGCGUCGUCGUCAUGUUCACGUGAGGCGUUCCCCUCCGCAAAUUUUAUUUACUACAUUUCUCACCCCUGUCAUCACAGGGCUGUUUUAAACCACAUUGUAGAACAUAAUAAUUCACUACAAGUAUUCGUCGGCAUCCAUGGGCUUUUUAAGG